UAGAAAAAGAAGGCUCAUAGGUAUGCGCCACGUGACCACUUGCUGCUCUCGAGACAAUUGCAUUAGGCACGCUAGACAUCAGUGGAACAAAUCUGCAACCAUAGUUCGACGGCAAGCUGAGCGCCACUGACCAGUUCAUGACAUGGAACAGCCUCCUGUACUGGCAGGGGAUCCACGUUCAACAGCAGCUCCCGCAAGUGACCCAGAAGCAGAAACAGCUGGAAGUCCAGCUCUGCCAGCAAGCGUCGGGAACCACGUAAAAGAACCAUACAAUGACGACGAUGGCGUGCUUCCCGUCGCGGUCGACAAUGUGGGGGUAGACGAGGCGACAGACUUGGCCAGCCAUCAAUACCCGAAACGCGCGGCGCUCAAGAAGGAACUCAAGAAACAUCGAAAGAAACGGAAGGGAAAGAUAGGAAGCGUCGACAUAGCCGUAGGUUCCAGCGAGCCAAUGACUACUGCAUGGCUCCCAGCACCGACGGAGCAACCAGUCUCAGCGGGAAAGGAACAACCAAUUUCACCAGUUCAGGCAAGUGCCGUUCCGCCACACGGUGUUCUCCCUGAUCAGCCCAAGACCGAAAACGCUGGAGACACGGGACAUCGUGGACCGGAAACACGUCAUGAAAGUAUUCCAUCGUCGCCUCAACAAGCUCCCGCUGUUGGUCAUUCUGCGACAGGAGCACCCGUAGACAUGAACCACCUUAUGCCACAAAGAAGGCCAGAACCAAUUCAAUCGUCAUGUCUCAAUGCUCUUCCUCCUGGCCAGCCCGUGGUCGGAGCUCCUGGAGACAUUAGUCACAUUGUGCCAGCAACAAAGCCAGGAAUCGUUCCAUCGCAGCCGGUCGAAGUUCCUCGAUUUUCGGCACCGCCCAUUGAUGCAGAACGCACAAAGAAGGCUAAACAGAAAGAGCACGAAGAAGUCAGACGCAGAGAGAAGGAACUCAGGGAGGCCUUACCUGAUGACCUGGGCCGUAAGCAGAGUAGGAAAAAAAGGGCGAAAGCUUGGUUCCACGCGUUCUUCAAGCGCGAAGUUGUCGUGAAAGCCGCGCUGGGACUCACCGCCACAAUCUCCGUUACCGCUACCAUUUUGUCUCUGGUUUGGAUGCGAGAUAACAUCGUGGACGUUACUGUGCGAAACUUCGGCGUCGUUCGUGGAACUACCUUCGACGUCGGAGGACACAAGGUAUACGCUUUCCUAGGACUCUACUACGCCAAGUCUCCAGAAGGCCAGAACAGGUUUAAGCGUCCGGUUGCGAUCGAAAAGCCCUCUAAAAUUGUAGAUGCAACCAAGGGCAGGCCAGGAUGCUCCCAGGGCCCUUUUUACCUCAGCAAGCACACGACCGAUCAUAAGAGUACGACGGAGAACUGUCUGCAUCUCAAUAUCUGGGCUCCCUGCGUCGUGAAGAGCGAGGAACACUGUCUCAAGACCGUCGUGGUGUUCCUGCAUGGAACAGCUUUUCAGGAUGGUGAUAACAACCGCUAUGAUGGUCGGUUCUUUUCAAUGCUUGGAGACGUCAUUCUUGUCAUUCCCAACUUUCGACUCGGCGCUUUCGCCUUCGUAUCCGACAAAGGUGUUCCUGACGCUCCAGGAAACUUGGCACUGUAUGACCAACAGCUCGCAAUCGAGUGGGUUCUCAACUACAUCCAGAGCUUCGGUGGCAACAACAGUGACGUUGUGAUCAUGGCUAGUGGAUCUGGUGCAUGGUCGCUGGGCGCACAUUUGCUUAGCAACAAUCCCUUCUGGAGAACGCGUUUCUCUCGGAUAAUCAUGCAGGGAGAGACUCCUUUUACCAGACAAUUCACAGGCGAUGUAAGGGGACUGGCCACGUUGGUCAAGUGCUCCAGGACGGAGGCCUCGGAAAUGAUCGCGUGCAUGCGUCGAGCCUCUGCAAGAGACAUCGUCCUCCAUUCGAAUAUCAUGAACCCUUUUGGACCCACCACCGACGACGAAUUGUUGACGGACGCGCCGGUCAGGCUAGCCACUAGCCGUGUUAUCCAGGACAAGGAACUACUGAUAGGAUGUACCUCUGACGAGGGCAGUUCCAUCAUUGCCCACCUCUCCCACGUCUUCAAUGCCACCACAACACAUGGUAUCCAAACAGCGCUGGACUAUCUUUUCAACUUGCUUGGCAUCUCAAAUCGUGAUGCUCUCUUUAAAGUGUACACCAACGGCAGCGGCAAGUACGCCAACUGGGCGCACGCGAUGGUCUCCGAUGUCCUCUACGUGUGUCCGCUCGUGAGUUUCGCCAACCACUUGGCUUCCAAGGGCAACCGUGUGUUCGGCUACAUGUUCGAUUACAAGGCAUCUUUUUCUUACGACCUGGCCGCUCCGCGGUCACCACACCUCCAAGAUGUUGACUUCAUCAUGGGCGUCCCCCUCCAGGAUGACUUUGACGCCACGGACAAAGAAAGGGCUCUCAGUCGUGCCAUGAUUCGGAUGUGGUCCAACUUCAUCAAGUAUGGGAAGCUUCCCGCGGUUGACAACGCCCCGUGGCCCUCGUAUACAAGUAUCGGCCGCCGGCAUGUCCGUAUCACGCUUGACGACUUCCGCAUCAUCGAAAAUCUCCACCGUCAGGAGUGCUUGGAAAUUCAAGAAUUCUUGACUGAGCUUAAGGAUUUCGAAGAGGCCACGAAUGAUAUGUUACACUGAAAGGCGUUCUGGAAACGCACAUACGCAUGAUAUGGCUAUAUGUAUACAAACCAUAUAAAUGUUCGAUA